AUGGGAAUCUGGCGGAUGGAUACUCUCACCAUGAAUUCACGCGAUGGAGUGCAGAGUGAGGAGUGUGGAUCACGGAAGAUCACAGAUUUCAGUAUCAGUACGAUUUUAGGCAAAGAAGUGGCCAAAACAAUUGAAGAUCCAAUGAAAAAGACCUCAAAAAGACCCCUCAAUAAGGUCUUUGAGAGUCCCUGGGCUUCUCAGGGACCCAUUGUGUUCAAUCCCGCAGCAAGGGUUCAAAUUGUCGGAGAAUUUCAGUGUCAAUCGAAUUUUUUAAUUAAUGCCACCCACCCAGAGAUCCCCGUAAAUCCUAUUUCUGCCCCUGAGUGCUCGUGUCGAUUGUGUGGGAAGACUUUUGAUCACCCGACCACGGCGCGUGGACACGAGAAAAGCCACCGUCCCACAAAGUACGAAUGUGAGGAGUGUGGCAAGGGAUUCUCCCAGUUACGCAACUACAAGUAUCACAUUUCCAUCCACCGAGGAACUAAGGAGUUUGCCGCCCACUGUCCAGAGUGUGGGAAAAUGUUCAACGACAAGGGCUACCUCAGCAGCCACCUUAAAAUUCACCGCAAUCGAAAGGAGUACGCCUGUCCACACUGUCCCAAGUCCUUCAAUCAACGAGUAGCUUUUAACAUGCAUGUAAGGAUCCACACAGGAAUUAAACCGCAUAAGUGCUCAGAGUGUGGGAAACGCUUCUCCAGGAAGAUGCUCCUCAAGCAACAUUCCCGCACCCACAGCGGAGAAAAGCCCUACCAAUGUACGAUCUGCGGGAAGACUUUUGCUGAUCGCAGCAAUAUGACUUUGCACCAGAGGCUCCAUUCAGGCAUCAAACCCUUCUCAUGCCCCAUCUGCCCUAAAGCCUUCACCAAGAAGCACCAUCUCAAGACUCACCUCAACUACCACACCGGCUACAAGCCCUACCAUUGUCCUCACAAAAACUGCGGCCAGUCCUUCACACAGUCCAGCAACAUGCGCACCCACGCCAAAAAGUGUCAGUUCCAGCCUCGUCCGGAAGCCCCCUUAAUGCCCUGAAAUGCUUCAG